AUGGCCCUGCCUAUUACAAAUGGUACCUUGUUCAUGCCCUUUGUGCUGACAUUUAUUGGGAUCCCCGGUUUUGAAUCUGUACAAUGCUGGAUUGGGAUUCCAUUCUGUGCUAUGUAUGUCAUUGCUCUGAUUGGAAAUUCUCUACUUUUGAUCAUCAUCAAAUCGGAGCCAAGCCUCCAUGAACCCAUGUAUAUCUUCCUGGCCACGUUAGGAGCCACACCUAACACUUAGCACCUAACACUUAGCACCAGCAUUGUGCCCAAGAUGCUUGGUAUUUUUUGGUUCCAUUUGCCAGAGAUAUAUUUUGAUGCUUGCCUCUUUCAGAUGUGGCUCAUCCACACAUUUCAAGGCAUUGAAUCAGGAGUCCUGCUAGCCAUGGCUCUGGACCGCUAUGUAGCGAUCUGUUAUCCUCUGAGGCAUGCUAUAGUAUUCACUCGACAGCUAGUCACUUAUAUUGUAGUUGGAGUGACAUUGCGGCCUGCCAUUCUGGUAAUUCCAUGCCUAUUGCUUAUAAAAUGCCCUCUGAAACUCUACCGAAUCAAGUUAAUAUCCCACACUUACUGUGAACACAUGGCCCUUGUGAAGCUUGCCACUGAAGAUGUUUACAUUAAUAAGGUCUAUGGUAUCCUUGGAGCAUUUAUUGUUGGUGGGCUUGACUUCAUUUUCAUCACCCUCUCCUAUAUUCAAAUAUUUAUCACUGUCUUUCACUUGCCUCUGAGAGAGGCACGACUUAACGUAUUUAAUACAUGUAUUCCCCAUAUAUAUGUCUUCUUCCAAUUCUAUCUCCGCUUUUUUUUCAUUUUUUACUCACAGAUUUGGAUCUUAUAUCCCAUCAUAUGUACAUAUCACCUUGUCCAGUCUUUACCUACUGGUCCCACCAUUCCUCAACCCCUUUAUCUAUGGGAUAAAGACCAAGCACAUUAGAGAUAAGGUAGUAAAAAUAUUCUGUUCCAAA